CGCGCGCGCGCGCCCGCGCGCCACGCUCGAGCCGUCCUGCUGCGCGUUACGGGCGACCUGCAGCGCUGCGUCUCCUCCGCGCGUCGCAAACAUUCGGGGAUUCGAGUAAAACACGAGCAUCCGUGGGAGGCGAACCCGCUGCCCGACGAUCGCACCGCACCGCACGGCCAGGUAAGAAGCCUGUUGUCCUUCUGGUCCGGCAGCGCCGCGAGGACACGGACGCCGGAGCACUUGGAGAUGCGCUCCUCACACACACUUUUGUUUGGCAAAUAUUCCGCUGGCUUCACGCAAAAUAGAACACGCGUGGGGACUGUAGUGCCGUGCGAACGAGACCAUCGAGUCCAUAGCAAGUGCAGCAGCUCAGGAUGUGCGGUAUGGACAUGGACCCGGAGGACAGCGGUGCCGAUGGAGAGGAGAAGGACCAGGAGGAGUACGGCGUGGGGGAACGUGUGCGAAUGCUGCCGCCGCCCCUUGCUCACAGCGAUGCGACUGCUUGGGGGCCGCGCCGGGGGCCCGUCGGGUGCCUCGCCUGGGGGUUCGGGCUGGCCCUGUGGAACGUCGGCGUGGCUGUAGCCUGUGUGCUCGUCCUGGCUGCUGUGUUCGCCCUGGUUCUUCUGCCUUCCACGCUGCUGCUGUACGCCGGCUUCCUCUGCCACUCCCGUGUCCUGAACUCGCCAGCCACUUUCUGCCAGUAUGUUGACGACAACACUUGCUCUGCGCUCAUAAUUCUGGGGUUCGUGAUGAUGUCGCCGCUGGUGGUGGUCGCCGCAGCAACGUUCUGUGGUGUGGCGCGUAGGCUUCACCUCUUUCUGCUUUUUCAACCUAUUGCACGCGCUCGGUACCGUUCGGAGGUGUGGACCUGGCGCGGGAGCGUCCGAGCCUGGGUCUAGUGGGGCGAGCAUCGGAUACCGGGGGCCAUGCCUCUUAUGGUUAGGAGAGCCACGGUGACACCUGCUGUGUUAUUUUAUCCCAGCUUAAACACUUUAGUGACCUUACUGUUGGAUGCAAUGAGCUCAGAUGACCAAGGUGUGCUUAAGAUGUUUGAAGAUUUUACAUCACGAUUUUGGGAGUAAACCCACAGCUGAGUGUUUCGAUACAAGAGGUACUCGCCUGUUUUGGGCCUGUCAAGAAAUGUUUAAUCCUGUGGCUAUAAAUGUGUCGUUCAGAUAUUUUCUUCUACGUACUUUUGAAUGUUACUUGGCCGACGGGAUGGUAAAAAAAGUUUUGACACGUGCCCAGAACUGCAGCAGUACCGCUCUCAGUUACGGCAUCUCCGUGUCAUUAUGUGUGAAGUCAUCGCCUUAGCGUAGAUUUAAAGCAGUGAGAGUUAUUAGACUAGAAAUCAUUGUCGGAGAAUGGAGGUGUUAUGUUUCUGAAAGCAAAAAGCAGUAGAAUCACUUGGAAUUUAUGAGUCCUUAAAUAGCCAGUCUUCUUGUGAACUUUCCAGAUGAUGUCAAUUAGCCUCGGUCAGCAGUUCGUCGACAGAACAUUACAGGCUCGCAGUGAUUCAGAACGGCAAACUGCAUUUUAAUUAUCCUUUUUCUGCAGUCCGGAAUGACCCUGAAACGCUCUUCAGCGCGUUGAGGUUAAGCUCUGCUCAUGAUGCUUCUGUUGUCAGAGAAACAGAUGCUGGAGGAAGGAAGAUGUAUGUGAAAAAGUGAUUCAUUUCCUUCUUCUCCAUUGUACCAAUGACUGUACCAUCCAAUAGAUAGAAUGCCCCCCCCCCCCACCCCGAGUAACUUUUCACUGUACAGCCCUUGAUCUGCUGGUGUACCAGUGCAUUUGUUACUAUGGUUAUCAAUAAAAUGAGGCUUUUGAAGAGUUUGCUUCAAAUACUACUUUCCUUGUGUGUAAGACAGCUGGUGUUUCAUUUGGAUCAAGGGAGGAGCAUGAAUUUCCAGCUGUCAUUUGUAGAAAAUACGAUUAUAUCGAUAUAUUAUUAAAUACAUAAGCAUUGCAUUUUAUCAUAGCUUAGCAGAAAUCUCAUAUUUCACUGGCACCAAAUUUUG